AUGGGAUGGUUUUGGGCUGAUAGUGCCAGUGACCCUUUGACUAAACCGACUGCGUGUCCUGUGAAUCAUGCGAAACAAGACGUGUGUCCUGUGAAACAUGAUGUUUCGUUUUCUAAGAAAGAAAAUUCCGUAUCUGAAUGUCCCGUCAAACUUGAUAAGGACGGGACGCCCUUGAACCCUCUGAACAACAUGCCCUAUGAUCUGUCUUCGGCUCGAGCUCCUGGCCAAAAAAUAUCAUUGCCUACACAGCGAACAUUGUCAACGAUUCCCAAGGGGGAAACUGAUGCCCAGGGUGUUUGGGAAUACCCAUCCCCACAACAAAUGCUAAAUGCGAUGUUACGUAAGGGUAAAGGGGAGAUUGCUGAGGAUGCUGUUGAAUCCAUGGUCGAUGUUCACAACUUUUUGAACGAAGGUGCGUGGCAGCAAAUCCUAGCCUGGGAAAAGAGACACACGGAAGAAAACAAAGUUGAGCCAAGACUCCUCAAGUUUACUGGCCGUCCCUAUGAUCUAUCUCCCAGAGCAGCUAUGUAUCAAUAUCUGGGCAAAUUGUUUCCAUCCCAUUUCAGUACCCAGCCACCAUUUGACAGGCAUGAUUGGACAGUGUUGAGAUCGAAAAACGGCUCAACAUCUAGUGACGCAAGAGAAUGGAGCAAAGUCCGCUACGUCAUAGACUAUUAUGGCGGUCCGGAUGAUGAAGAUGGAAUGCCAACCUUCUUCUUGGAUGUGAGACCUGCGCUGGACAAUUUCACUAAUGCAUACGACCGCUUUUUACAUUGGAAUGAAGAAAUGAAGCCUGUAUGGGCAAAGGCUCUGGGAAAGGGAUCUAGGUAA